CUAAGAUAAAAUAAACUCCUUUAAAAAAGUGCAUAAGGAAAGAUAGAGGAGUAAAGUCGAAACUAGGGUUUAAGAGACGAAGUGAAGGAAUUGGUAGACAAAUAUGGCGAAAUUUAACGAGGUGCAAAAACGGAGAAGAGCACAAAUUGCAGAGCGAAAGAGAGCCAUUCAUGGAGAUCCAAACUCCAAAAAGCUCAAGAAGCAGAAUCAACCUCAGUCUAUCUCCGGAAAGCGCAAACGCAAGCUUCUAAAAAAAUGGCGUCGGGAUCAAAAAGACGCCAUUGAGAAGGGUCUUGUUAAUUUGGAUGAUGUUGAUAUGGCUCCUGCUGAUGGUCCCAUAGAAUCCAAGAAAACUCUUUGCAAGUUUCACUUGAAGAAGAGUGCAAAGCUUAAAAUCAAACUAAAACACAAGAAGCACAAAGGUAAAGGUCAAGGUGAUACAUCUGAUCUUACUAUUGGAACUGCAACUGUGGACACCAUGGUUGAAUAAGGUUUAGAAAAAUGAUGUACGGCUUACUGUCUUUCACAGGGGAAGCGCCUGCAUAAAUUUUGUUUAGAUUGAAUUUUAUGGUAUUACUGUAUUUCACAUGUAAUCUCUUCUAAGUUUGUCUCUUUUUUUUCAAGCUUUCAGAUUAAAUGAAUAUCUUGGUGAAAAAAUAGUAGAUUGCAAAAUUAAUCAAUCUAGUAAUUUAGGCAAUUGAUGCUCUUCAUUUUCCUCCACCAUUUCAAUUCCUUCUAUUGUUAAGGAUGUGAAGGGAGAGUAUUAAAACCUUGUCACAUUGUGUAGAAGAAUAUGGAAGGUGAAAUGGUUUUGUGGUAAGUGUAAACUUUAAACUCCUUACGUACUUUUGAAUAUGCACUAUAAAAUUCAAAUAUGUGAUUUUUUUUUUUUUUUUUGAUUUUAUGGAUACUGCUCUUUAUUCCAAUGGGAGAGGUGAUGUAUAGUCUAAAGGGAUUUGAUUAAC